CUCGGGGACGGGGGGGCGGGGAAAUCUCAAGGCCUGCCUCCUGUGGGCGGGGCCGGCGGCGCGCGUGGUGCAGACUGCGCCUGCGCUAAAGGGCAUAGCUGUAAAACUAUGGACCAGUUGGCUGCAGCCGAGCUGACAGUUGCGAGAUGCGUCCGCCUUACCUGCGGUAGGUAUUGGUGGCUGCAGCCUUGGGCGGGAACCCGUAAAGAGCAACUAGGAAGUUAAUACAGAGUAUCCGGGAAGCCUCGGGACUUGCUGGGUGGUGGAGACUGUAGGCUGCCAUCUGCCCAGAGAGGGUUUAUCCUGACUUUACCACGCGGCGCUGGUUACAGCUCCAGGCCCGCGCCUCUCCUGGAGUAAUCGUACCCUGCUGCCCCUAAGUCUGGUGACGAGGACCCACGGGUGUCAGGCGCUGUGCUUAGCUCUCUUCUAUUCUUGCAACUGCCCGACAAGGUAGGUGCCCAGUUUGCAAAGUACGCAAGUCCAGAGGGUUUCAAUGACUUGUCAGGCUCAGGCCUGUAGAGGGGGGUCCCUACUCCAAGGCUCCCCACCCUGCCUGGCUCUCUUAUUACAGCUGGCACGCCCUGAAGGUCCCACCUAGGCCCACACUGUGCUCGCGGCUGGCUGCAGAGACCAUCUCUUGCUCCUGUCCCCUCUCAACCCAAGGACAGUUCUUGCCACGAAGCUUCAGAGCAGCUCCAUGGCUAAUCUGUGUGACUCACAUGCAACUUCCUACUUGCUGUCCUCCAACAGUGAGGACUGGGGAGAGCAAGGCAGCCCUGCCUUCAAGUAUGGGCAGAAGGACCUCAUCGUGGGAGGGGUCCAGUGGCCCAGCCACGCACCCAAUGCCCUGGAUUCUCUGCCACUGUCCCGGUUCGACUCUGCACUCUCCUCUGCCUGGAGGCAGCGGAUGGAGCUGGGUUUCUUUCGCUACCACCUCGGGGAACUGCAGACCCAAGUCCUCCCUGGUGCUGUGGGUUUUGUGGCUCAGCUGAAUGUGGAGCGAGGUGUGCAGAGGAGGUGCCCACAGAACAUCAAGAGCGUGAGGCAGACAUUUGACCCGGAACAGUUUAACUUCAACAAGAUCAGGCCUGGAGAAGUACUCUUCCAUCUGUACCGGGAGCCUGACACACAAGGUGACCUCCUCCAGGAGGACAUCCUGGUGGUGAUCAACGUCAGCCCACUGGAGUGGGGGCAUGUGCUGUUGGUGCCCGAGCCUGCCCGGGGGCUGCCCCAGCGCCUGCUGCCAGGUGUGCUACGGGCUGGCCUGGAGGCUGUGCUGCUGAGCUUGAACCCUGGCUUCCGGGUGGGCUUCAACAGCCUGGGGGGCUUGGCCUCAGUGAACCAUCUCCAUCUGCAUGGCUAUUACCUGGCCCACAGGCUGCCUGUGGAGGGGGCACCCAGCCAGCCCCUGGACCCAGGGGGCCAUUUGCACCUGCUCCAGACCCUGCCAGUUCCUGCCUUCCUCUUUUACACCAGCAGGCCUGGGUCUGACUUGGAAGCCGUGAUUAGCAGGGUCUGUCGGGCCACAGACUAUCUGGCUGACCACGAGAUUGCACAUAACUUGUUUGUGACACGGGGAGCCCCGCCUGGAAAGGCAUCACCCUGCUUAGCCCUCGAAGGAGUCCGAGUGAUCCUGUGGGCCCGGAAGUCCAGCUUUGGAAUAAAGGAGGGUAAGGCUUUCAAUGUUGCCCUCUGUGAGCUGGCUGGGCACCUCCCUGUCAAAACAGCGCAGGACUUCAGCAGCCUGACAGAGGCGGCUGCUGUGGCCCUCAUUCAGGACUGCCUGCUGCCCCCCACCCAGGCUGCGGUGGUGCAGGGAGCACUGGUGGCCCUGAUGGCCCAGGAAGAGCCGUAGUCCUGGAGCUGUGUCUUCACUAGCUGGUCUGUGCCCCUCUCCAGAGGCUGCUCACUCUCUUUUGGUCACUCAGGCAUUUAUUUCCAUGGCUGCCUUCCCACAUCUCUAAGCCUAAAGGGAGAGAUGAAGAAAGAGCUGAAAACUGCCCUAUGUUUCCAGCACUCUGGGAGGCUGAGGCAGGAGGAUGGCAAGUUUGACCCUAGCUUGGGCAACUGAGUGAUCUUGGUAACUGGUCCCCAUGAAAGGGCAAAACCUUGGAAUAAAUCUAAUGAAUGUUC